UGGCACUUCAGAGGAUAUCGAAGUUCACGAUGUUUUCUCUAGUAUUAUUGGCCGUAACACCAUGGCUUGCAUUUUGCAUGCCACCACCAACUACAACACCAUCAGCACCAACAACACCACCACUACCAACUACAACAUCAUUUGUACCAACAACCAUGACAACACCAGCUAUAUGUAUAUGUUCUGAUGGAACACAAGUACCACCUGGAGAAACCGUUUGGAUAACAGCCUGCCACGGGUGUACUUGUGAUGAAUAUAGUUUAGAAGCACAAGAAAUAAUAGCUGAUUGUUUUAUAACACCAUGUGUUGAUUCCAUAGAUAUUUCCGGUCAAUGCUGUCCACACUGUCCAAAUGGAGAGAACUGUCGAGCUGAAUUUAUAGAUUUUAACGGCACAGCACGAAGUGAAGUUAUUUCUGUCAGUGACGGGGUAGUUGAUUUUGGUGUAGUUCAAUGUCAAUGUGACCAUCAGAAUUAUUACGGAGAACCACGAGCAUCAUGUGUACAAAUUUCAACAACACCACCACCACCUACUACAACACCUUCCACUACAUCACCACCUACUACAACACCAGCUAUGUGUACAUGUUCUGAUGGUACUCAAGUACCACCUGGAGGAACACAUUCAAUAUCAGACUGCCAUAGUUGUUACUGUGAUGAAAAUAGUUUACAAGCCCAAGAAAUGAUAGCUGACUGUUUUAUAGUCCCAUGUGUUGAUUCUGUAAAAAUUCCAGGACAAUGUUGUGCCAACUGUCCAAAUGGUGAAAAUUGUCGAGCUGAAUUUACAGAUUUUAAUGGCAAAAAAAGAAGUGAAGUUAUUUCUGUCAGUGAUGGUGUAGUUGAUUUUGGUGCAGUUCAAUGUCAAUGUGAACAUCAGAAUUAUUACGGAGAACCACGAGCAUCAUGUGUACAAAUUACAACACCACCACCUACAACAACACCAGCUAUGUGUACAUGUUCUGAUGGAACUAAAAUACCCCCCGGAGAAACUGUUUGGAUAACAGAUUGUCGUGGUUGCUAUUGUGAUGAAUAUAAUUUAGAAGCCUACGAAAUGAUAAUGGAUUGUUUCUGGACGCCCUGUGUUGAUUCUUUAAACGUACCAGGGCAAUGCUGUCCUCACUGUCCAAAUGGAGAGAACUGUCGGGCUGAAUUUAUAGAUGAUAAUGGUGUUGAAAGAAGUGAAAUUAUCAAAGUUAGUGAUGGUGUAGUCAAGUUCAACUCAACUGAAUGUCAAUGCGACUACCAAAAUUACAAUGGAGAACCAAAAGCAAAUUGUGUACAAGUAUUGAGUAUCGAGCCGGUAGCUGCAAAGCUAACUACUCCGUAAUGGAUUUGAUAUAGAAGUAAAGAAUAUUGAAAAC